CUUUGGAAAUGAAAUCGAUUCGUAUCAGGAGUCUAAUGAAGAUAUGCGGCAGGAUUAUAAUAAUGAGCCCAAUGAUCGCUCUGAAUUCAAUGGAGACGAGCAUAUAAGGAACUGGAGAGCACGUCCAAGAUAUCCUGGUUUGCACCGACCCUAUGAAAACAGGCCAGUCCAUUAUCCAGCACCAAUCCAAUACCAGGAAUAUGAUACAGAUGUCGAAAGACCGCCACCGUAUGACGACAACAAACCGUUUCCGAAUAAUGGCAGAGAGGAUAACGCCAGCGGGAUAGGUAAUGUUUCGUCCUGGUUCAAGUUGUGGGCGGAAAGUCAACGAGCAUUGAUUGGCACCUUCGUGCGCGAAAUAAUAAGGGAAAUGUCGAAAGCAAAUGGUAAAUUAGGGUAUUAUCCUAGGCCACAUCGCAAUAGAAAAUUGGCAUUGAUCGAGAGGUUGGUCUACCUAGUUGAGAAAAUUCUAAAGAAACUUAAGCCCAAAUCGCAUUUGGAAGAACAUGAUAUACCAACGCAUAGACCCCCUCAUUCUACAGAUUCAGCCGCAAUGCACAAUUUGGCCAAUUUACUGAAACAUUGGGCCGAUAAUCAGCGCUCCUUGAUUGAUAUUUUGAUGAAUGCAGCGAAUGAGCUUGCGCAAAAUAGACCCAUUCCCAAUGAAUACCCAUCGAGCUCGGACCCAGCCAUUAAGGACCCGAAAGAACAGUUGGCAUUCAUUCAAAAGUUGAUGCAGAUAUUAAAGGAUGUUAUACCAAAGCUACAAGCGAAUUCAACUUCGGAAGAUCCAGCACCCGCACCUGCACCCGCACCUGCACCCGCACCCGUACCCGCAGAACAUAACCCGAACAGGCCUAUAAAGAUUCCAAAAUGGCCAGUUGCUCCGACUCAAGGCCCUGAAAUAGACAAAAUAAAGAAUGUGUUAGGGCUCAUGGACCAAUUAAAGAAAAUGUUUGAUGAAAACCUAAAAGAUACCCCCGAAAGUGUGGUACCAUCAUUGGAUGCAUUGGGCUCGACCGUGAAAAUAUUGAACAAGAUACAGAAGUUGUUGAACGGAGCGGACGAUAAAGACGAUAUAAAAAGUACUACGCUUAUAACACCAAACCCACACGAAACAUCAGGCCCUCCCCAAGCCACAACCAAACCACAGACAAACAAUGAAACCUCAAACCCCCAGGACAAUCAAAAUACUAAUACCACCCUGCCCCCUGGAGCAUCCGAUCAAGAAAUAAAAGACUUGCUGGAUCUAUUAAAAAAUGUUCAACAAAUGUUUAACGAUAAAGUAAAGGGUUGUGAGAGUGGAAAUUUAACAGCCAUCGAAACUCUAGGAACGGUGUUGAACUUUUUGGAAAAACUACAAGCAUUACUAAAUGAUGCCAAGAAACAGAAUCCAAAUGGCACCACAGAAUCUCCAAACAAACUACCAGAUAAGAAUGCCUCCCCGAUCGAUAAAGUAAAGGAGGGAUUGAACUUGAUGGAUAAGUUGGCGAAGCUGCUUAAUGACAAGUUACAUCAUAUGGCAAAUAAUCCUACUAAUUCGCAAGCGGAUUUAGAUCUCUCAAAGGAGCUAUUGGAUAAAAUCAGAGAGUUACUAAAUGGCCAGGAGAGCAACCAACCAAUAGUUCCUACUGUAAGUACUACACCCAAUCAAAGCUCAUCAGCGCCCUCUAAGCCAGCUACGACAGAGAACCCAACAGACAUACCCAAUAAUAAGACUACUGAACGAGUUGGUACUACUCAGAUUCCCACAUCACUUAUUGUGCCACAAACUAGUAGCAGCACAACUCUCGGAGAGUUUAGCCCCACAGCCUCUGUGUUGUUACCCAGCAGUUCUGCGUCGACAACAGUCAACACUGGUAUGAGCAACUUAAUGGCCAGUUCCAGUGAACAAACAACAGUACCCGGUAGUUCUACGCCGACAACAGUCAACACUGGUAUGAGCAAUUUAAUGGCCAGUUCCAGUGAACAGACAACAGUACCCGGCAGUUCUGCGGCGACAACAGUCAACACUGGUAUGAGCAACUUAAUGGCCAGUUCCAGUGAACAGACAACAGUACCCGACAGUUCUGCGGCGACAACAGUCAACACUGGUAUGAGCAACUUAAUGGCCAGUUCCAGUGAACAGACAACAGUCAACACUGGUAUGAGCAACUUAAUGGCCAGUUCCAGUGAACAAACAACAGUACCCGGUAGCUCUACGCCGACAACAGUCAACACUGGUAUGAGCAACUUAAUGGCCAGUUCCAGUGAACAGACAACAGUACCCGACAGUUCUGCGGCGACAACAGUCAACACUGGUAUGAGCAACUUAAUGGCCAGUUCCAGUGAACAGACAACAGUCAACACUGGUAUGAGCAACUUAAUGGCCAGUUCCAGUGAACAAACAACAGUACCCGGUAGUUCUACGCCGACAACAGUCAACACUGGUAUGAGCAACUUAAUGGCCAGUUCUAGUGAACAGACAACAUUACCUGGCAGUUCUACGCCGACAACAGUCAACACUGGUAUGAGCAACUUAAUGGCCAGUUCCAGUGAACAGACAACAUUACCUGGCAGUUCUACGCCGACAACAGUCAACACUGGUAUGAGCAACAGUGAACAGACAACAGUACCCAGCAGUUCUGCGGCGACAACAGUCAACACUGGUAUGAGCAACUUAAUGGCCAGUUCCAGUGAACAGACAACAGUCAACACUGGUAUGAGCAACUUAAUGGCCAGUUCCAGUGAACAGACAACAGUACCCGGCAGUUCUGCGGCGACAACAGACAACACUGGUAUGAGCAACUUAAUGGCCAGUUCUAGUGAACAGACAACAGUCAACACUGGUAUGAGCAACUUAAUGGCCAGUUCCAGUGAACAGACAACAUUACCCGGCAGUUCUGCGGCGACAACAGUCAACACUGGUAUGAGCAACUUAAUGGCCAGUUCCAGUGAACAGACAACAGUCAACACUGGUAUGAGCAACUUAAUGGCCAGUUCCAGUGAACAGACAACAUUACCCGGCAGUUCUGCGCCACCCACUCAGUCAGCAACUAUAACGGACGCUCAACCAGCUCGUAACACAGAUGUCCUCACUUUUAAUAAUUUAACACAAAUUGUUCAAAACAUUACCAACGAUAUUAUGAAACCUGUGGUGGAGGCCGUUCAACAACUGAAAUAUUCGAUAUUCCACGAUUUCGAUGCCUUUAAAUUUGAUCAGGCAGAGAGAAUGAAAAACAUAACAACUUUGUUAGAGAAAUUACAAACUGGUGCAGCCGCCGCGAAGCCAAAUCAGCGAUCUGUGCGAGCGAAAGAGUUAAAUCAACAAUCAGUUAAAAGCGCCGGACCAGUCGCACUAACAGAUAUGAGAGCGGAACCGACUGUCAAACAACGUUCUGAAAAGGUGGAAAACAGUCAACCACUGAGGGCUACGACAAAAAAGAUCAUCAAUACGACAAAAAGGAGCACCAAAACGAUGAAAAAGACCACCAAGACGAUGAAAAAGAGAACCAAUACGAAGAAAAAGUGCAGCAAUGCAAUAAAAAAGAGAACCAAUACGACGAAAAAGAGCAGCAAUACGAUAAAAAAGAGAACCAAUACGACGAAAAAGAGCAUCAAUGCGACGAAAAGUAGCACCAAAUCUCCACAGGCAACUGAGGUGGUGACUUCCAAUCCAACUUCGAAGUUCCUGACGAUGAGCGAUGCCUACUCGCAUCUCUUUCGAUUUUAAAAGAAUGGGAAAUUAAAAAUUUCUAUGUUUGUAAAUAAACCCUUUCGGUUCUGUGGCUUGGGUUACUAAAUCAUGUCAAACUAACAUUAAAUUCAAACAAAAUAAAUAUGCUAUUUCCGGGCUUGAGCGGCUAUUGGACCUAUUA